AUGGAAGAUGGAGAAUGUGUGGGUAAGAUUGCAGAGAUUGCAGAGAUUGCAGAGAUUGCAGAUAUGGUGUACUUCGACUUGCUUAUGUCGAAUAAGGCCCCGAGUCUAGUAUAUUUCAGACGAGGUUGGAUGACCAGCGGAGGGAUCACGGUUGGAACGGUUCUUCACCUCUCUGCAGACACCGAUGCAGACCCUUCGCUCGAUAUAUGA